AUGGCAUCUCCUCCAGUUCUCACUAAUUCACAAGGCCAAGCAGUCCCAAACCCUCCAUAUGCAACUCAGAGAGUUGGCAAACACGGUCCUUUGUUAAUGCAGGACAUUGAUUUGCUUGACAACUUGGCCCAUUUCGAUAGAGAGAGAAUUCCAGAAAGAGUGGUCCAUGGUAGGGGCUUGGGAGCGCAUGGAGUUUUUGAAGUUACUGAUGAUGUUACCGAUAUUGUGUCAGCCGAUUUCCUUAGUGAGGUUGGGAAAAUGACCAAGACUUUCACCCGGUUUUCUCUAGUUGCAGCCGAAUCUGGAGCUAAUGACUCCGCCAGAGAUGUUAGAGGUCUUGCAACAAAGUUUUACACAUCUGAAGGUAUCUUGGAUUUUGUUUACAUCCACACACCAGUUUUCUUCAUUAGAGAUCCAUCAAAAUUUGUUGAUGUCAACCAUGUCCAAAAGAGAAACCCUCAAACCAACUCAAAGGAUCCCAAUGCAGCAUGGGAUUUCUUCACUUUGAAUCCGGAGACUAUUCACCAAGUUACCAUGUUGUACACAGAUCGUGGUACUCCAGCCUCCUUUAGACAUAUGCACGGAUUUUCAGCACACACGUUCAAGUGGGCCAAUGCAAAAAACGAGUGGGUUUAUGUGCGUAUCCAUCAAUUGACAGACCAGGGUAUCAAAAACCAUACAAUCGAAGAAGCCACUCGUCUUGCUGGAGAGAACCCGGACGCUGCACAGGAUGAUUUGUUUAAUAGUAUUGAAGAUGGUGAUUAUCCCACGUGGACCUUUUAUGUACAAACCAUGACACCAGACCAGGCUAAGGAGUUUGCCUAUUCUGUGUUUGAUAUGACAAAAGUUUGGCCACAUAAAGACUAUCCUUUGAGAAGGUUUGGUAAGUUAACAUUGAAUAAGAAUCCAGAAAACUACUUUGCCGAGGUUGAACAGGCGGCAUUUUCUCCGGCAAAUACAGUUCCAUCGAUGCAACCAUCAGCUGAUCCAGUGUUACAAGGGAGAUUGUUUUCAUAUACCGACACUCAGAGAUACAGAUUGGGCGUUAAUUUCAGUCAAAUCCCUGUCAAUUGUCCCCUUAGAGGUGGCGUCCAGCCAUACGCACCUUCAGAAAGAGAUGGAUUCAUGACUGUUAAUGGCAACCUUGGCAAAACUCCAAACUACUUGACAAAGCGAAACAAGGUUACCAUCAAGUCAUUCCCGAUUCAACAAUUUCAAGAAGUGUGGGAAGGACCUGCAGAACCAUUUGAAUGGGUUGCCACUCCUGCCGAAUUUGACCAGCCGGCAAUCCUUUAUAAUGAAGUCUUGUCUGAAGCUGAAAGAAAAAACUUGGCUCAUAAUGUUGCGGUUGAGGUUGCCAAAACUGAACCCGACAUUCAAGACAGAGUUUUCAAGUACUUCGGUGGCGUUAGCUCUCAAUUGGCCGAAGCUAUCAAGAAGGAGGUUUUCUUAUUGAGACCAAGGAAGUAG